AACAUGAACUGAGCAUAAACUUCCUGUUCUUCCAGUGGGAGGUGCCCUGUGAAUGAAUAUAACAUGAUACAGCAGAACUGGGACACAACAGACAGCAGGAAAACCUGAGCCACACGAGAGCAGAUACACCUAAACAAGAUGGUUCCAGUAUUGAUGUUACUCUUGGCAGCGCUUGUAGCUGCAGAUGAGCCAAUGACUGAUCUCUCAAACCUAGUAGAGUCUGAUGCCUCUCCCUCAUUAGUGUACUGUGAUGCCACCACUGCGUGCCCUGAUUUCACAACAUGCUGUCGUAGUCCUUAUGGGCAGUGGUUCUGCUGUCCGUACGCGAUGGGUCAGUGCUGCAGGGAUGGUGUUCAUUGCUGUAUGCACGGUUAUACCUGCGAUUCUACAUCAACCCACUGUUUGAGGGGCUGGCUGAGACUGCCGUCCUCUUCUCCCCAGCCUGCCACCAAAGCAAUCCAGAAAAUUCAGGUUCUUGAAUGGAAGAACCAGGAUGAGGUUGUACACUGUGAUGGAGAUGUCUACUGCCCCGCAGAGAAGUUGUGCUGCAAGACUAGAACUGGCCAGUGGGGGUGCUGCAGUGGUAAACCAGACUGGCCAAUGUUGUAAGGAGAGUGAACAUCCCUGUGACUUCAGUUCACCUUUUACCAGUGAUUCUCAAAUUGCACAAGCCUUUCCAGCUUCGCCAUUACCCUAAGCCUAAAUGAAUAAUAUCACAAAAACAAAUUUAUGGAACUAAGUUCAAGUUGUUCCCAAAUAAUUUAAUAAACAGUUGUUUAUAUUUGUGAAUGUACAUGUAUCUGAUUUUCAUCAAUUUCAUCCAUCAAUUUUUCCCAAUAAACAAAAAAUGUCAGCAUCCACACUUUGAAUGAAUUAGACCU